AUGCCCCCCUCCACCGCCUCCGCACUCCACCCAAUCGUCCUCCCCCCUAUCCCCGUCCCCCCAUACUUCACCACUCUCGGCGCCGGCCUCCUCCACGCCACGCACCCCCGCGAACUGCCCUCAACGCUCCACACUCUCCUCUUCUCGCACCCGCCGCUGGCCAACAAGGACCGCUCAAAGACCUGGUGGCGCGCCCAAUGCCUCCUCUACGGCCUCGACGCGCCGGAGAAGCGCACCGUCGUAGAGCUACGAGCCAAGCUCCAGGACGCAAUCCUGAUGGGGGGGUUGAGGGUGCCGGACGCGAUGCAGGAGACGGAGCGUAGGGAGAACGGAAGGUUUCGGAAGUUGAACGCCGAGAUGCGGGAGGCGACGGGGGUGGCGGUGGCCAAGGGGAGGGCCCCGCCGAAGGAUCCGUUGAGGGGGAUCCGUGGCGCCGAUGCAAGGAUCACCAAGCCGGGGAAGAAGUCGGCUGCCGAGGAUGGUGGUGUGACUUUCAAUGUCACGGUCAACAUGCACACCCCGCAGGUCCCGAAAGCGCGAGCUAGGAAAACAGAGCCAGCCUCCAGAGCGAAGCAGACCGCAAAUUGGGGAGGUCCCGCGCCAAAGACCGCACGGGCGAAGGGACCCGCUGCAUCGAAAGAGCCAGCCUCCAGAGCGAAGCAGACUGCAAAGAGAGGAGGAGCCGCGCCGAAGACCGCACGGUCGAAGGGACCCGCUGCACCGAAAGAGCCUGCCACCAGGCCGAAACAGACGGCGGGACGGGGCCGCGGUGGUAGUGGGGCCCCGGCACAGGCCCCGCGGAUGAGCGAUCUCCAGGUGCCGGUGAAUGAUGAGGAUGAGGAUUAUUACGGCAGCGGUGGCGACUAUGAGGACCGUGCACUCUAUGAAGCUCUCCGGCUCAGCAGGCUGGAAGCGUAUGGGGAUGAGGAGGAGGUCGACCGCAAGACCUUGGAAGCUCGCGGGGGGUCAGGGCAGGCUGACCACGAGGGCUACAGUCCCAGGUGGGUCCAGCCUUAUUGA